AUGGAGCCACACAAUCACUCAAGUUUGUCUGAAUUUGUGCUAAUUGGGUUCCCCAAUAUGGGACAUGUCAGGGGCUGGCUCUUUGUCUUGCUGCUGUUGGCAUACCUGUUCACUAUUUGUGGUAACAUGCUCAUCUUCUUAGUCAUACAACUGGAUACAGCCCUACAUAAACCCAUGUACCAUUUUAUUGGUGUUCUCUCCUUUUUGGAGUUGUGGUAUACAGCCACCACCAUCCCCAAAAUGCUAGCUAAUCUUCUCAGUGAGAAGAAGACCAUUUCUUUUGCAGGAUGUCUUCUUCAGACCUACUUCUUCCACUCCCUGGGGGCCUCUGAAUGCUACCUUCUUACAGCCAUGGCCUAUGACCGUUACCUGGCCAUCUGCAAGCCCCUCCACUACCCUGCAAUUAUGACCACAACUCUGUGUGUCAAGAUAGCUGCUGGCUGUUGGACUUGUGGCUUUCUGUGUCCAAUUUCAGAGGUCAUUCUGAUAUCCCAGCUCCCCUUCUGUGACUACAAUGAGAUCCAACACAUCUUCUGUGACUUUCCACCCCUUCUGAGCUUGGCGUGCAAGGACACAUACACUAACGUUAUGGUGGACUUUGCUGUCAAUGCCUUCAUCAUCCUAAUCACCUUCCUCUUUAUCAUGGCUUCUUAUGGGAGAAUCAUUGGGGCUGUGCUAAAGAUAAAAACAGCAGCAGGAAGAAAGAAGGCCUUUGCUACCUGUGCCUCACAUCUCAUCGUGGUCCUCAUCUUCUUUGGGAGCAUCAUCUUCAUGUAUGUGAGGCUUAAGAAAAGCUAUUCACUGACUCUUGACAGGACAUUUGCUGUAGUCUAUUCUGUUUUAACACCACUGGCCAACCCAGUCAUCUACAGUCUUCGUAACCAGAAACUCAUAACAGCCAUCAAGAGAACUAUCUUCCAAAAUGGGGAAAGAGCUAAUCCCAUUCACUACUGA